ACUCUCUAUAUAAUGGAGCACUUCCAUUUUCCAUUACCUAUCUAAACCUCACCUUUAGACCUUUGAAUUUUUCUCCCAAAUCUCCAAUGGCAACCCACAGUAGCAUCAUGUUCUCAGUUGAUAGAAAAGACAUAGUGUUCGUUAAACCCUCCAAACCAACACCCUCACACCUUCUAUCUCUCUCCACCAUUGACAAUGAUCUUAACCUUGAGAUCAUGUGCCACACUGUUUUCGUAUACCAAUCAAAUGCCGAUUUUUGUACUAAGGGAGAAGAGAUAAAAGAUCCAGCUUCCAUAAUCAAGGAAGCUCUUUCUAACCUCUUAGUUUUUUACUAUCCACUAGCAGGGAAGAUGAAGAGGGAGAGCGAUGGGAAACUUCGAAUCACUUGCAAUACUGAUGAUGGGGUGCCUUUCUUAGUAGCAACUGCAAAUUGCAAGCUCUCUUCGUUGAAUUACUUGGACGGCAUAGACGUUAAAACUGGUAAAGAAUUUGCAUUGGAUUUCCCAUCAGAAUCUGACGAUGGUUAUCACCCUUUAGUCAUGCAGGUGACCAAGUUCGUAUGUGGAGGGUUCACCAUUGCUUUGAGCUUAUCACACUCGGUUUGCGAUGGCUUUGGUGCAGCUCAGGUCUUUCAAGCCUUGGCUGAGCUUGCAAGUGGUAACAACGAGCCCUCGGUUAAACCAGUAUGGGAUAGGCACUUACUGGUAGCCAAACCUAUCGAAGCAAUCCCUCCAUAUAUGCUCGAUAAGGCCUCGUCUGCAACUUCACCAUAUCUGCCAUCUACUGACAUAGUCCAUGAUUGCUUUUAUGUAACCGAAGACAGCAUAAAAGCCUUGAAAAUGAGUUUGAUCAAAGAAAGAAAAGAUGAAACAGUGACCAGCCUUGAGGUCCUAUCCGCCUAUAUAUGGAGAGCAAGGUUCAGAGCAUUAAAAUUGAACCCAGAUGGAAAAACAAUGUUCUCCAUGGCUGUAGGUAUGAGACGCACUGUGAAACCACCAUUGCCUGAAGGAUACUAUGGCAAUGCUUUCACCGCAGCAAAUGCAUCCAUGACAGGGAAGGAACUCAAUGAAGGGUCGCUCACAAAAGCUGUGAAACAAAUCAAGGAGGGCAAAAAGCUUGCUACCAACAAUGACUAUAUAUGGAACUUGAUGAGCAUUAACGAGAAACUGAGGGAACUAAACAUGAAGUUUGAAGCAGCCAGUGGUGCAAUCAUGGUGAUAACAGACUGGAGACGGUUGGGUCUAGUGGAAGACAUAGAUUUUGGAUGGAAAGGAUGUGUGAACAUGAUACCAUUGCCAUGGAACAUGUUUGGGUACGUGGAUUUGGUGUUUUUAUUGCCUCCUUGCAAACUGGACCAAUCAAUGAAAGGCGGAGCUAGGGUGUUGGUUUCCCUACCUAGAGCUGCUAUUGCCAAAUUCAGGGAAGAAAUGGAUGCUCUCAAGCAUGGUGACGAUGCUGCUGGCCAUUAGUUGAACUUGUCGACCUAUGUAUGCACGUUGUUUUAACAUUUUAAGUUGAUAAUGUUGUGUUUUAUCGUAUUACAUAUAUGUGUUAUUAAAUUAUUGUAGUGGAAAGAACAAUGAGUUAGAAGAA